AUGUUAAAUGAAUUCAUUGUACAUUACGACAAAGCAGUUGAGUCACGAAGGGCUGCCGAAGAAGAUGAAGACUUCAAGACUAUGAACUCGAGACCAGUUCUUUUUUCAGUGCAUCCAAUCGAAGCAAAAGCAGCAAAUCGAAAAAACUCUAUGUCUUUGGAGAAUGUAUCUCCAAGUUCUUGUAUGGGAGUUUCACAAGUAGAUAUGGUGCCACAAUUAUCUAUUCGUGAUCCUCUUGCUCCAGUUACUACAAAAGGGCAUCCUAAACUUGCAAGUAGAAUCAAGUCUUCACAAGUAGAUAUGGUGCCACAGUUAUCUAUCAUGGGAUUGUAA